GCGAGAGACCCGGAGGAAGCGCGCGCGGAGAGCCCGCUGCUGAUCGUCAUCGUCCUGCGAUCCUGCAGGUCGCCGGGACUGCCAUUUAAACACGAUCCUGACGCGCCGUCGGGAAUCGAACAUCGCCGAUUCCGACGGGCCCGGCCGCCAUGUUGGCCACUCGGCCGCCGACCAAUCAGCCGCCGCGUUACCUGGGACGCGGCUGAAGUCGGCAGGCGACGACGGUGCUGAGGAAGCGAGAGAACGGUAGUCGCUGGAGUAUUCGCGUUCGAGCAUGUUCGGCACGUAGCUGCGGCAUCUCUCCGUCGCCUCGACCGAGCGAGCGAGUGAGCGCCUGUCCCCGUCCCCGUCCCCGUGUAUCUGUCAUCGUCUCCUGGUGCGUGGGUAGCGCGUGUGGUCGACGUAAUUUGUAAAUAGUUAUAAUCAGCACGGCACACACCACCACGUCCUGGUUACCAUGCCGUACUACAACAGUGGCCACAGCCCGGCUUACAACAAAGACGGCGGAUCCAGCGGGCCGUCCAGCACCUCUGGCGGCCGCGCCAGCAGCUCGGAGCCGACGUACAUGAUGGAGCAUCUGGCCACGUUCACCGUCACGAAGGAAACCGGUAUUGUUUAUCCGGCGGACGGUAUGCGCCGGCUUUUGCAGCUGGAGAAAAGCAACGGCAUCUGGAGUCAGAAAAUGCAGCUCCGUCUGGAGCGAAACUGGGUUCUUAUCAUGGACAACGAGACGGGGGCCGUCAUGGAGCGGUUCCCGGCUUCCUUGAUACAGGAGCCGACAGCGUUCACGUCGCGGGACCCCAUGGAGAUGUACAACAACAUCUUGGUGUUCACCGUGGCCGACGACAGCGGUUCCGGCCAGCGAGCGGAGAUGCAUAUAUUCCAAUGUCAGAGCGUGUCCGCGCAGGACCUCGUCGAGGACCUGAAGAUGCUGCAGAUGGGCAAACUGGUGACGGGCGGCUCGCCCAGGGGCCCCAGAGGCCAUAUCCCACCCCCACCUGCCUUACCGCCCCCGGAGCCGCCUCUGAACGGCGUCAACGUCAGGGAACAAGUGUCCGCCUUCAACGCAGCUAAUGCGGACGGCCAGAACGACAUAUCGCGGGAGGAGAACAACGACGAGGUGUCGUCGACGUCGUCGGAGAAGUACGAGCGCGACGUGACGAUCCUGAACCACUGCUUCGACGACAUCGAGAAGUUCAUCGCGCGCUUGCAGCACGCGGCCGCCGCGUCCAGGGAGCUGGAGCGCCGGCGGCGCAGCCGCAAGUCCAAGAAGAGAAACCUGGGCGACGGCAUGCUGACGAUGAGAGCGAAGCCACCACCCGAGAUGGAAUUCAUCGACAUCUUUCAGAAGUUCAAGCUCUCCUUCAACCUGCUGGCCAAGCUCAAGGCGCACAUCCACGAUCCUAACGCGCCCGAGCUCGUGCACUUUCUCUUCACGCCGCUCGCGCUUAUCGUGGACGCCUCUCACGACACCAAUUACGAGCCGAACCUGCCCAACAAGGUGAUGUCGCCGCUCCUCACCCGCGAAGCGGUCAAUCUGCUGAUCAACUGCGUCACCAGCAAGGAGACCGAGCUCUGGCACUCGUUGGGCGAGACGUGGCUGGUGCCGCGCGACCAAUGGAAGGGCCACAUACCGCCGUACCAUCCGAUCUUCAUGGACGGCUGGUCCCCGGAGUACCCCAUCCCGGAGGACCGCGACCAUGACCACUUGGCGUCUCUGUUGAACGCCGACAAGCAGAAGAGGGACGAGUUGCCAGAGCAGCAGAACGAACCCUAUUAUACUCAUCGUUACGUGGACGAGUCGCACUACAGCAGCGACUAUCUGGACUACGAGAGCCGCGAGGAGCGCAGCGGCAACGAAUACUUCGACAGGAAUUACGGCCCGAGCUCGGAGCUGUACGGCAGGGAGGAACGCGCGGAUCAGACCAGGGCGCACAGUGACAUCUCCGUGGACUCGAUCGAAAGAGCGUCGCGCGCGGCCGCCGGCAUGGAAAGAGCGCAAGAAGCUUGGCUGGACGAGCUGGUGGCCCGUCACGCUAAAAUCGUGCAGGUCACCUAUCCGCGCACCGCCAACAACGACAAGGAGCUGACGGUGGUCAGGGGCGAGUACCUGGAAGUCCUCGACGACAGCAGGAAAUGGUGGAAGGCGAGGAACUCGCGGGGACAGGUCGCGCACGUGCCGCAUACCAUCGUUACGCCGCACAAUCCCGCCCAUUCCGCCGAUAAUGAUGUCUUUAACAAUCCUCUGUACACCAGCAAAUAUCCGCGGCAGGGGCACGGCUAUAAUUACGAGGAUUCAGAGAUCGAGAGAACCAGCACUAGUCCAGGCCCAGAAGCCACUCAUCGAACACAUGCGAUCCCGCCGCCAGCGCCUGCUGAUUGGGUGAGAAAGGAAAGACUCGGCAAAAAAGAUGAAGUCGUCGUGUACAACGAAACGGCAGCCGUUGUUAACGGCACCGUUUCCGCCGAGAGCGCCAACAGAAAGCUCAACACGUCGCAAAGUAUCGUGGAGGUGCAUCCGCCGCCUCGGAACAUCACUCCGGAUCUGAUACCCGAAAAGCCGACUUCACCACUUCCGCCUCCGCCUCCGCCUACGCCUACGCUGCCACCCGCACCGAUGUUACCUGUGCCAGCGUUGCCUGCCCCUCCUCCGGUGCCCCCGGCACUACUACCCGCACCUGCAUCGGCGUCCGCCUCGGCGGCGGCACCGUCCUCGCCACCCCCGCCGCCCCCGCCACCCCCGUCGAUCCCGUUGACCUCUGCGCCGCCGCGUCUGCAGACUCAGAAAUCCACGGCGUCGAUCAGCAGCUCCACAAGCAGCAAAGCAGACACCUCCAAAAGCAACGCCAGCAGCCGAGAGCAGAUUCACGAGGAGCUCAAGUUCGUUCUGACGAUGUUCCGGGAAAAGAAAGCGAACCCGCCUGCGAACACCGAUACGCAUCAGGAGGUCUGGUUGAAUCAGCAUUCGACUCCGCGCGACGUCCAAGCUUGGUUGGCAGCCAAAGGCUUCUCACAGAAAAUUUGCAAGCAGUUCGAAGGCAUGAACGGCACCGAGCUGUUUAAUUUAACAAGACGGCAAUUGGAGCAAUACUGCGGACCGUCUGAGGGAAGCAGGCUGAACGGUCAGUUGACUUUAGCGAAGAACGAAAGCGGGUAUAAAACCGCACGGUCGUCGGAGCUCAAGCACAUUCUGGAGAAAGCACGCCGACGAGCAGAGGAGUUAAAUGACAAGGAUGAAGUCAGACAGUGAGUCGCCUCACAUUCGUUCGUCACAUGCCACGUGCGAAGCUGGAAUGCCAAAUGUCGAGGCAGGAAUAAUGCGAGUUGUUUGAUCAGGCGGUACGAUCGCAAUCGCGCAAUGACCGUGAAUUUAAGAGAACAAAUGUCACGGAAGGUAAAAUAAAAUAUCGAGACAUAGAAAAUUGCCGGAUCGAGAAGUGCCGACGAAUUAUUUUACUUUACCUUGCAUAUUGCGACAAUAUCGUUCGCCGCGAAUCGAAGCAAUACGCAUGCCAAAGAAUUUUAGCAAGCCAUAUGAAGCAUGCGCUGAGAAUUACCUGUGAUGUUUUCCCCUUUUUCUCUGUUCUUUUCGUUUGAAAAAAUGCUAGCGGUAUCGUCUAUCUAUCGUAUUUUAACGAGCUUAUACUCAUAGGUAUAUCGUUCCCCGAUACGCUGCUCGAAUCGAGAGCUCAAUUGAAGCAUUUAAUUUGAUAUGAAUUGUACAUAUAGUAUGUAACUACUCUAGAACCGCAAGCUCGACAGCAAGCAUAUGAUAUAACUUUAGAAAUAUUAGAAAAGUACGCGACACUCGCGCGAUGUAGAUUAAAUUCGCUCAUCGCGCAGAGGAAGAGUAUGCUGAUCGCUGAUCGGACGGUAUUGAUAUUAGAAAUAGGUAAUUAAGAAACAUAAAAAAAAGUAUGUAAUCUACACGUGUAUGACGUAACAAUAUCGAAUCUAUUUCCAUCAUGAUCGCAAAAAUAAAUCGUCAAUAAUA